AUCAGCCCGACGCGCGCGGCGCCUUCAUUCUACACGCCCAGGUGCGCUCUCGCGCGGAGGUGCGGGGGUUCUGUUGUGUUUUCUUAUUUAUUUCUUUGUAAUUUUUGAGUGUUUUGCUGCGCGCGCAGCGGCUCCCCGGCGCACGCAGGCGCAAACGGGAAAGAUAAAAGUGGAGUUUGGCGCGCGCGGAGAGCGUCGGAGCGAGAGCGGAGGAGAAGCGGCGCGAGGGAGACGCCGAGGCUGGAGACGAGACGAGGAACGCGGGGAGCUGCAGCGGCGCCGAGAGGCUGUGUGGGGCUCUCUGUACUCGGGAGAGACACGCGCGCGGAUAUAAUGCCCAGUAAGAAAGUGCAGGACACAGAAGUGAAAGGCACUCCGGAUGAAGCUCCUAAAAUCCCCACAGCUCGCUCCAGGAAGAGAAAGGCAGAUGUUGCUGUUCAUUUACAAGAUCCAGACGAAGAAGUUGCAGAGAUGACCAGAAAGAGGCAGUGUCCGUCACCGACAAGCUGGAAUCCCAGUCGGAGUUGCACAAGCCCAUGUAGGCGGCUCCCCAUGCCAGAUAAGGCUGAGGAACCGGUUGCCAUCAGCAGCGUGGGAUUCACUCAGUACACCUCCAGGAAUAUUUUCGUCACCCCCACGCGGCCGUCCCCCCUGCCCGCCCUGUGCUGGGCCAGUAAAGAUGACGUGUGGAGCAACUUACUCAAAAAAGACAAGCUGUAUCCUCACGAUACGCACGUCAUGGAGAGACACCCCAACCUUCAGCCCAAAAUGAGGGCUAUUCUGCUGGACUGGCUCAUGGAGGUGUGUGAGGUGUAUAAACUACACAGGGAGACGUUUUAUUUGGGCCAGGAUUAUUUUGACCGUUUCAUGGCCACACAAGAGAGCGUCUGUAAAAGUACGCUGCAGCUCAUCGGCAUUUCCGCUCUGUUCAUUGCCGCCAAGAUGGAGGAAAUUUACCCCCCGAAGGUGCAUCAGUUUGCCUACGUUACUGAUGGGGCGUGCACAGGGGAGGAGAUUCUUAGCAUGGAGGUCAUCGUCAUGAAGGAGCUCAAGUGGAGUCUGAGUCCUUUAACUCCAGUGGCCUGGAUCAACAUCUACAUGCAGAUGGCGUAUCUGAAGGACUCUGGUGAGGUUCUCAUGCCGCAGUACCCCGAGGCCACGUUCGUGCAGAUCGCCGAGCUCCUGGAUUUGUGCAUUCUGGAUGUAAAAAGUCUGGAGUUUUCCUACAGCCUGCUGGCGGCGUCCGCGCUGUUCCACUUCUCUUCGCUGGAGCUUGUGAUGAAAGUCUCAGGGUUCAAGUGGAGUGAUGUGGAGCGCUGCGUGAGGUGGAUGGUGCCGUUCGCCAUGUCGAUUCGGGAAGCGGGCAGCUCGUCUCUGAAGACGUUUAAAGGCAUCCCGCAAGACGACACGCACAACAUCCAAACGCACGCGCCGUACCUGGACCGGCUGGGGAAGGCGUACGCGUACGAGCUGGUGGAUUUGGAACGCAGCCAGAGUUCUCCUGUUCCCUCUGGAGUCCUGACGCCGCCACCCAGCAGCGAGAAACCGGAGGGAUCGGCCUGCUGACCGCUCCUCGCUACGCGGCCCUCAGCUGUGGGAUUGGGACGCGGCCCAGAUGGUGGAGCGUCAGCAGAACACGGCUAAUAUAGAGUCAACACAAACAUCAGCUUCUGCCAGCAGGAGCGACCUGCAACCUGCAACCUGCACACUCUGAACUCUGCUUUUAUCUGUAAUGUCCAGACGAACUGCCCGUUCAGGCCUCGCUGGCUUUUUAUUUCUAUGGUUAUUUUUCCCUGGAGGGACAAACGCAGACCCACCUGCCCGAAUUUCAGAGCGUCUGUUUGCCCUGAUUGCUGCUAAAGGUGGUGGGGUGGAGAACGGACAGAAGAACCCACAAUGAUGUGUGUGUGUGUGUGUGUGUGUGUGUGUGUGUGUGUGUGUGUGUGUGUGUGUGAGAGAGAGAGAUUCAGGCUACAGAGGAAGUCCAGCCGGAGCUCACGGCUGUUCGGGGUUUCGGCUUCAGAAGCUCAGAGACGUAUUUUAGCUUUUUUUUUUUUUUUUUUUUUCUGCCUCUGAAAUGAGAUGCUGCUACUUUUAUGUAUUUUAUAAGACGAAAUAAAAGUCUAA